AUGUGGAAUGAUGUCAUUUAUGUACUACUGCUGUUGCUUUCUAUAGCGAUCGGGCCGUUCUAUCGAAAAAUACAAGAACCUCAUACAAAACAAUGGAUCGCGACCCUCAUCGGCUUCGCGUUAGUGGUCUGUGUUUCAGGACCGGCUGUUUUACAUCCAGUUAUUACUGUUCUCGUCAACGCUGUUAUCAUAACCAACUUAUCAUGGAAAAAAUGCCAUCUGGUUAGCCUAUAUUUCUCCUUUUUCUACUUACUGGUGAUCUUUCGAUUGGGCGACUAUUUCGGUUUACCGACUCCGCCGACUCACACAAAUCUCGUUGUAAUGAUUCUCACUUUAAAACUACCCGGACUAGCAUUUGAGAUCAACUCGGCAGCUACAGCGCUAGAUGAUGACAUUCAAGGAACAAAUUCCGAUGCGUUGAAGAAAAUUGAUUUCAUGGACGUGAUACAUUAUAGCUUCGGUUAUAUGGGCGUGUUGACAGGUCCAUAUUAUCGUUACAGAACGUAUUGGGAUUCUCUGCAUAGACCAUUCUCCAGCUACGCUGAUCCGUGGCCGCUCACCUAUUACAAACUUAAACAAACUGCUGCUUUCAUCAUACUGUUUCUAACGAUAAACCAUCUCUUCUCCAGCGAAUACACACAAACGAUAGCAUUCGAAGAACACUGUUUCAUCUAUAGAUUUUUCUAUAUGUACCCAACAUUUGCUGGUUUUCGAUUGAGAAUGUUUAUCGGUAUGGCACUGGCCGAAUGUGUCUGUCAAAUGUCAGGACUAGGAGCUUAUCCGAUUUGCUGCCAACCCACACCCGGUCUGGGCCCGCACGAUUACAAAACAAUCGAAAAAUUAUCGCUUGAUUGUGAGAGAAUUAAAAAAGAAGAACAGGAUUUCGAAACGGUUCACAACAUGAACGUGUGGGAAGUGGAAAUGAAUCCAUUCGUCAGGCACACGAUGAAAAUGUGGAAUACAUGUGUACAAUAUUGGAUGGCUGUAUGUAUCUACAAAAGAUUCCCUCAUAAAGGUUUAAGAACCGUCGCCACGUUGACUUUAUCCGCCUUGUGGCAUGGUUACGCUGCAGGCUACUACUUUUGUAUCUGUCAAGUCCCGCUGUACUUACCUUUCGAGAACAUUUGUACCAAAUUCUACAAUCAGUGUGAAGAAAAUGGAUUUGGUAGGAAGGCCUGGGGACUCUUGCUCUGGUGGGCAAAACUCACAUGCAUGGCGUACCUCGGUGUGCCCUUUCAAUUGCUGCGCUUCCAAGAGAUAAUACACUUUUACAAGAGUCUAUACUUCUCCGGACAUAUCUUAGGACUUGUGGCCUAUUUGAUCGUACGAGUUCUAAAAACUCACUUUCUUAAACGACACCCAACAGAGGAACACAAGAAGAAAUAAUUUCCUCACGAAUGCGUCAGUUUUAAAGUAGAGGUUCCUGUAUUGCGAGAACAAAAAAAUAUGUCUCGAUUUAACCAUUUUUUAAACUGUUAAUUAACAGAAAUCUAUAUCUUCUGGUCCAUAAAUUAAGAGCUUAGAGAGAUUUAUCAAUUUUAUAAUUUUUUGUUUUAUUGUUAAUAUCGCAUCACUGAUAAUUUUUUUUAAUUAUUAAUUAUUAAAGUCUAAGAUUUUAAAUGUGUUUAUACAGGGUGUCCGGAAAAUCGCUACGAAUAUUUCGGAACGUGAUUUGGGAUCCCAAAAGAAGGAAAAAAAAGCUAUAUAAACAUAAGUCCGGAAAUAAGUCGUUUCCGAGUUAUAGCCACUUUUAUGUU